AUGGCUAUGGUGAUGCCAACGAAUGUGGAAUUGGAUGGAUCAGAUCUUCAAAAGCUGAAGGGAGUUGAGUCUUCAGAGUUCAAUCCGGCAAUUCCUUCUCUCAAAGAAUUUUCUUUUCAAAUAGUAAUAAGUUUGAUUUACUCAGUGAAAUUGAGGAGGAAGUUUGUGAAAGGAAUAAUAAAAAUUAAAUGUUCUCCUGAAAAGUCAGAUAUUGAAGAGGGAGAAUUUGUUAACAGUGGAGAAGCUGUGGAAAUUAAGGCUAUUGCUGAAAGUCCUCCAGGUUUUGAGAAUAGAGGGAUGGAAAUUAUUGCAAAUGAGCAAUGUGUGAUUGGGAAGCUUUAUAUUGCCAAUAAAGGAUCUUGGAUCAUCUCUACUGUGUAUGGGAGUAGAGACGUUUAUAGUCGAAGGAGUUUGUGGGAUUGCUUAAGAUCACACUCUUCUCUAGAGUUACCGUAUGUUAUUGGAGGUGACUUUAAUUGCAUCCUUUCUCAAGAUGACAAUAGGGGAGGUAAGAAAUUCAAAUUCUCUCUUGCUCCUCAAGAGAUGAAUUCAUUCAUGAACAGUUUUGAUCUCCAUGAUGUGGGAAUGGGUGGGCCUAAAUACACUUGGUGUAAUAACAAAAGUGGAGGUGCACGAAUUUGGGAGAGGCUCGAUAGGUGUCUUCUCAAUUCCAAAGCCUUGGAAGUUCUUCCACAUGCUGUUAAUCGACGUGUGGCACGGCAUCCUAAAAUCAGCAGUUUGAAGACGUGUGGCUCUCUUAUCCUUCUGCAUUUCACGCUGUCAAGAAAGCUUGGAGCAAACAAUUCAGAGAGGAUUCUAUGGAGAUCUAAACAUAAAAGCUUGAAGGAACUCAAGGAGACACUCACAAAAGAGGUGGAUGAUCUGAAAAUUGAAGAAGCUAAUGGGAUCGGGAUGUCAGAGCAAUCAGUGUUGCUGCUCAAAUCCAAGGUUCAUGAAUUGAAUUCUACUCUUGCAAGGUUAAAUGUUUGGUGGAGACAAAGGGUGAAAUUAAAGUGGAUUAAGGAGAGUGAUAUUAAUUCUCAGUUCUUCCAUGCUUUUGCAAAUGGUAGGAAGAAUGGUAACUUCAUAAAACAUAUUAAGGACGACAUGGGUAACCUGGAGCGGGACUGCAUUGUAACGGGCUGGCCGAACAUAUUGAAUGCUAUUACCAGUGAAAGUGUGAAAUUACUGGAUGCUGAAUUCACAAUGGAGGAAGUUGAGAAAGUCAUUUCCAACCUUGGAAGAAAUAUUUCUAUAGGGAAUGAUGGAAUUUCGUAUUCCUUUAUCACAGGUUAUUGGAAAAUAAUUGCUCAUGACAUACGGGAGGCUAUAUUUCAGUUCAUCUCAAUGGGUAAAAUGAACAAUAAGUGGAAAGAGACAUUGAUAGUCCUUAUUCCCAAGGUUCAGAAUCUGAUUGAAGCUAAGAGUGGGUUUAGACAGGGUUGCCCACUCUCUCCCUAUUUGUUCAUUUUAUGUUCCCAACCGAUAUCCAACAACUUGCAUUACAAUGGGAACAAUUUGGGAAUUAAGGUGGCUGCUUUGGCUCCCAAAAUCUCUCACCUUCUUUAUGCAGAUGAUGUUCUUCUUUUCUUUGAAGCCAAUAUUGAGCAAGUGAAAGUUCUUAAAAGGAUCAUUGUGGACUACUGUAGCUGGAUAGGGCUAUCAGUUAAUGUUAAAAAAACUGCUAUUAUGUUUGGGAAAUCAGUUAAUAUAGCAAAGAAGAAAUCUUUAUCCAAAAUUCUCAAUUAUAAGGUGGUGCAGGAAAUGAAGUACUUGGGGAUUAAUCUUUAUUUACGUAGAUUAAUUUCUUCUGAUUUUCUUUUUUUGCUUGAGAUGGCGUUAGCUAAAAUCAGUAGUUGGGGUAAUAAAUUCUUUUCAUUACCUGGUAGAAUUGUGUUGGUAAAGUCCGUUUUGCUGGCAAUUCCGAUCUUUUAUGUUUCUCACUCUUUGACUCCCAUCAAUAUUCUGAAAAAGCUGGAAAAGAUUUGUAGGGAAUUUAUAUGGAAGAAGGCAGACAAUGAUGAUCGAAUGCACUACAUUUCAUGGGAGGUGCUGUGUAAACCUUUUGCCGAAGGUAGAGCGGGGUUACUUUCUCCUGUUGCUAUGAUGGGGCCUCUUAGAUCUAAAUAUGCUUGGGAGUUUCUAAAGGAGUCCAAUUCUUUACUGUAUAGAACGUUAAGAGCAAAAUACGGGAAUGUUAUAUGUAGUGGAACUAAGAAGCAAAACUGUUCGGUUACAUGGAAGAUUCUUUUGAACGGCUUGAAGUCUUUACAUCCUAUUUUGAGAUGGAAAGUGGCUACUGGUGUUUCCAUUGAUCCGCUUGAAGAUAUAUGGAUUCAAAACAAAAGGCUUUCCAAUUGGCCUAUGUUUGUCAAUGUUACGGUUGAUGAAUUUCCCAUACUUGAUUUUUUCAUACAAAACAGAGAAUGGAAAUUGGAGGAGCUAAAUAAAUACUUUGGCCCGGAAUUAACCAAGAGUAGGAAUAAUGUUACCCAUGGAGACAAUGAAUUGGGUAUGGGUUUUAUGGCUGCUAAAGCAAUUGAGGUUGCUGUUACUUUGUCAAAAUGUGGUAUCCUCUCGGAUCACUGGGGAGCCAAUCAGCUUUAUUCUAAUAAGGCCGGGAUUGCCAGUGUUUUUAGAGACAAUAAAGGAAGGUUCUUAUUUGCUUUUGGAAUCAAAUGUGUUCAUUGGGACAUUGGUUUGCUGGAGCUUCUAGCUAUACGGGCUUUGAAUUUAUUUCACAAUAAGUGGACCUUUGAAGCUAAGGGGAUUAUCAUCGAAGGGGAUAAUCAGAACGUCAUCAAUUAUCUUCAAAGAUCAUUGAAUAAAGCUUCUCACAAGAAUUAUGAGAUUGAAGACUUGUCGGUCUUGGAGGAUUUUUAG